UCGUCAGCCGUGUUAAGGACCAGAAAGAUUGCGAAUACUGCUAUAUAUUCACAUCUAUUGACACCAUUGAGACUCGCUAUUAACACCAGUCAUUUGAUUGAACUAUCUGUACAAAACGUAGCUGACUGUGUAUACCCUGGUAAAUUUCAUUUUCUAAAUUGUUUUACUGGUGGAUAUAUGCACAAUGCAUAUGAAGUGAUCAUACAAUACGGUGGCGUCGAGUCUGAGACCACUUCCCCCUAUUUGGCCAACGCUUAUAACUGCAGUUAUCGCCCGGAAUACAGGGCCGCCUCUAUUCAGGGGUACGUCAACAUCACAUCCGGCGACGAACUGGCCCUCCAGGAGGCCGUCGCCACUGUAGGCCCGAAUGGGUUCAAGUCAUAUAAGUCGGGUGUAUAUACGGACACAAAGUGUAAGAAUGGGUUUAAGGACUUACAGCACGCGGUUGUAGUCGUGGGCUAUGGACCUGAGAGCGGACACGACUACUGGCUAUUGAAGAACUCGUGGGGAACGACAUAUGGAGACCAGGGGUACAUUAAAAUUGCCAGAAACAAUGGCAAUCAAUGCGGUGUAGCCACGUAUGCGCUCUACCCCACAGGGACACCGGACACACCCGUUGGA